AUGAUGCACCGUCAUAACCGUCGCUCUCGGUCCCGGUCUCCACUGCGUCGGUCGUCUGGCAAUAACCGCUGGCAGAAGAGAUCACGAUCUAGAUCCAAGUCGUUACUACGACGUACAAGACAAAAGCAGCAGCAGAAAGAACACAUUUGCUCGCCACCCCGUCGUCAGCGCAAUGAAGACAAGAAGACACGCGACUUUUCUCACUUAAUCCAGUGGGGGGGAAAGCAAGAAGAUGAAGAAAAAGAGGAGCCCGUUGAGGUAGAGAAGCCCAAUUUUGGACUCACAGGCGCGUUGGCUAAAGACCAAACGACGGGAAACACAUUGAAUGGCGUGGUCAUUAAGUUUUCGGAACCUCCUGAAGCUCGACAGCCUACAAAACGCUAUCGGUUGUAUGUUUUUAAGGAAGACAAGAAUAUUGCGACGCUUCACGUGCAUCGCAAGAGCGCAUUUCUUGUCGGACGUGAUAGUGCUGUGGCUGACAUCCUGACGGAGCAUCCAUCGUGCUCAAAGCAACACGCUGUGUUGCAGUACCGGAUGUAUCAGAGAGAGACUGAGGAUGGCUUCGGAUUCGAGCAAGAAGUGCGACCCUACAUUAUGGACCUGAACAGCACCAACUCGACUUUUCUAAAUGGAUGUAAAAUCGAAGGUUCUCGCUACAUCGAGCUCAAGGAGAAGGACGUGCUUAAAUUCGGGGAGAGUACACGCGAAUACGUACUAAUAUGUGCAACCUAG